CAUACUCUUACCGCUCUUAGCUGUUAAUGUUGUGUUGUAUGGUGAGCCUGGACCAGCGUGAGGACAGAGACAUGUGUCGCGUGUUGGUCCUGUGCUGCGCAAUUUGGUUCGUCCGUGGUCAAAUGGUGCUGAACUCAACCACAAGUGCAACCGAAAUAAAUAGAACUAAUGUAAUUGUUAGUGAACUUGUAACAGUUUCAAAUAUUGUCGUCAGUGAGGCCAAAAUGGCCUCCUCGUCUACACCAAGUGCCACGACGGUAUUGGUGUUGAAUUCCAUUUCGAAUGGGGACUCUAAUACACAUGGUAGACAGUGUCCCAGAGGCAGCUCCAAGCCCUGCGUGGUUAAGUGCUGUCCUUUAGGGGAGAGCACAGGAACAAGGAAGGUUUGCGAACCUAGCACUCUCAAGUUCCAGGUUCAAUUCUCCCGUCAAGAAAACACUAGCAACUCCACAGAUGAUGGGGAGGGAUACAAUUAUAUCAUUGGGAAUCCAUGUAAAUAUGGCAGGUACCGACUGGAGCGGCGGAGGUACAGCUCGGAUGAGUUCCAUAUCCUGAGAAACGGCAACAUGUGGGUGCCGUUCUUCAAGCUCCUGCUGGAACCGGACGAUUAUUGUCUGGACGUCUUCCACGAUCCGGAAGUCGAGGAGGAAGAGGUGAUGCCUCUCGUCUGCUUCACAGAUCCUCCGUCAAAGGCGUCACCGUACAUUCUGUACCCCAUCGGGCUACUGAUCUCUGUACCAUUUCUGAUCUUCACCAUGCUGGUAUACUGUCUGAUCCCUGAGCUCAGGGAUCUGCACGGCAAGUCCCUGACCUGCCAUGUCAUGUGCCUAACAGUUGCUUACAUUUUUUUGGCCGCUGUGCAGCUUGUUGGGGAAACAAUGAACCAGGAUUUGUGCAUCUUUGUCGCUCUUGUGGUUCAUUUCUCAUUUCUGGCUUGCUUCUUAUGGCUGAAUGUCCUCUGUUUCAACACCACGUGGUAUGUGCUAGCCAGUGUGAGGUUGCAGCAAUGUCGCAAAGAUUGUCCUGAAAACCAGUACCUGUGCUACACGGUAUUCAGUAACGAUGAAGUGCACAUACCAAAACAGACCGAGCGUAAGAUCUUCAGGUACUACUCCGGGUAUGCCUGGGGCUUACCAGUUCUGGUUGUGGGUUUUUCAAUGGCUAUUGAUUCAAUGCCGACAAUUCCAUCAUCAUACCUCAAGCCCAACUUUGGUGACAACAAGUGCUGGUUCAGCAGUGAUAUUGCAGAAAUGAGCUAUUUCUACGCUCCUGUGGCUGUCAUUAUCUCUCUUAAUAUUCUGAUGUUCAUCUUGUCGGCCUACAAGAUUUUGAGCCACAACUGGAGAGAGCACAGACCUCAUAAAAUAUUCUACAAGUGCCUGGUCCUGUUUGGAGCAAUGGGCAUCAACUGGGUCAUGGAGAUUAUAUCAUGGGCUGCAGGAGGGUCUGAAUAUAUUUGGUAUGUCACUGAUUUCAUCAACACCCUGCAAGGAGUUAUCAUAUUCCUGAUCUUUGUUUUGGAGCGCAGGGUAUGGGAGUGUAUCAAGAAACAAUGGGGGCCCAGACUUUCAGAUCUGUACCACAGAUAUACUCCUUCUCAUGCCAGUGUCCCCUACAGCACCCCUAAGGAUGCUGCUAUGCAACUUGGCAUGUAGUGUGCUAUGCAGGAAUGUAGUCAUUGGUCAUGUAAGAAAUGAAUCUUGUUUAUGAAUCAAAUGGGUUAUACAGUUUUGUUUAUUGAGAACACACUCAGGUGGAAGAGCCUGAUGCUAUGCCUGUUAAGUUGGUUCAGCUUCUGUUUGCAAGUUUCUUUCAUCAAAGUAUUUUUGGGAGAACUUGCUGUAUAACCAGCACUAAAUGCUUUCAUUCUUGAAUUGUCUAUCUUUUUGUUAUGAUGGUUUCAUAUAUAGUAAUUUUUAAUUAUUUUUAUGCUUAUCUUUGCCAUGGUUGUUCUCAACAGUAUGCACAUCAUUGUGUUUGUUUAUAGCAACUGAAAUUUUGGCUAAUGUAUGCAUUUGAAGAUUACUGCCUUCCAUUGCCUUGUUAAACAAUAGUCAAAGCUGUCUCAAAUUUUUAUACCUACACAUCUGUUUAUAAUCUCUCAUCGUAAAAUACGAAAGAAGACUUAUAGUUCAUAGCACUACAUGUAUCUUCUGACAGUAGUCUCAUCAGCAGUUAAUAUUUUUUUAGAGUUGUACUUCCUUACAAGAACUUGAACUCAAACUCCUUUCCAUUUCAUAGACAGUAUAAGUUAGAUCAGUGAUUCUCAAGUGCAGUCACCAGCUACUUUCAUAACUAAUAAGUAUGUAGAUUUGUUGAAAACUUCUUCCAGUCUUGAGAUAAAUUUCCCUUACAUCUUCUCUAAAUUCAGUGGUUGUUUUUAUGUGGGUGUUGUGAGUCUGUGCUACACAGAUUCAAAUCUUGACCUUCAUUUGUUGAAAGAUAUAUAUCACAGGAAAUUCAUGGGAAAAGUCUUCUUUGGUUAGCUGUGGAAGAAUAUGGAGUGAAGAUAUUCCCAUUUAGUAACCAUUUGUAAGUCACAAUAAUCACAUUUACCUCACACUUUGCUUCCAUUUAUAAAAGUAUUAAAACAAUUUUCUUUAAGGUAUUUGUUUUACAUGCAAAAUUUUGUAUGUCUUAAUUUCUCUGGCCAGAGGAUAUAUUACUGACUUUUAAAUAUGGCCAGGGGAAAUUCCUUCUUGAGAACCACUGAGUUAUAUCAAUGUAUGUAUUUCUUUUAUUUCCUAAUGACCUGUAAACCCACAGUUAUAAUUACAAAUGAUAAAAACAAAUCAAAUCCACAGUUAUAAGCUUAUCCCUCCAUGCUCUGAUUGUACAGUAACCUUCAGAAGAUAAUAACCAUUGUCAUUAAAUUUAUGUAAAGCAAAUGCAGUAUUGUAUCAUUUAAAUUGUAAUUAUAUUGGUAUCCCUUGAAGAUGACAGUGCAGUAAAAGUAUAUAGGAAUGUAAAUAUAUCACUGUAGGUUUUGUUUGAUAUAUAUUUAUUCAUACCUUAUUUAAUGAAGCUGUUUUUGCAGUAUGUAAUCUGCAGUACUGACAGCACUGUUUCAUAAACUGAAAAUAAAUAAAAUAAAUGAUAUGAUCAGUAACUGAGGCUGCAUGGCAUGAAGCAGUCGGAUGGCAAUGAAUUGUGGGAACAUCCCACAUUAUCACGCUUUUUCUGCAACGCACACUCUUCACAUCACUUUUCACCAUCACGCGCGCUAACCAAUCAAAUUGCUCCAAAUGUUCGCAUUUAUACUGCGCUUGCUACUAGCCCCACAUCUACAUCAUCACACGCUAGCCAAUCAGCGCCCUGCAAAUUCUUCCUCCUCAAUUUCAAGUUUCGCUCCUCCCACCGAGCAGCGUAUAAAAAGGAGCAGCUGCAAACCGGCAGUAUCAGUCUGACUUCAGUCUACAAUCAAGCCACACUCAAGCAACAUCAGCCAGCAGGCUUUGUCGCCAGCGCUCGGUCUUCGGAGGCAUCGGCAGGCUGCGCCAGGCACAACUGCCUCGGCCCUCCGGCUCUCACACCCGACGCACUGGGGCACCUCGCCUGGACUCACCAGUGGUCGUGUCCCCGUCUGACCCACUGGGUAUCUGGCGUAGCCACUGCCUCAUCACUCCUACGACCGCGCAACUUCAACUCACCUGCCGCGCGGCGAUCAAGGAACCUCCAGCAACGGCCGCGCUAUGGCCAGUCAAAUCACCGCAACUAACCCCUCUCCCUACCGGUGCGCGCCGUGCUACCUCACCGGUCAAGCAUCUCAGCAACCACGGUCCUUUUCAGGGCCAACAAACUGUUCCGAAGAAGUGGGUUGUCAUCAGAGUAAUGAGAAAACUACAUAAAACCCCACAGAAUAAUGAAUUGAGAGGGAUACAAAAUAAAGUGGUUGUGACCUAAUUUUUAAAUAUCAUUAAGUCAUUUGCCUGGAUGGACAAAGUAAUACAACAAAAAUCCCCAUUCAGAAUGGUCAGUGCCAGGCAGAGAUUUGAACCUCCAGAAUAAAA